AUGGCGUUAAAGAGCUACCACCGCGAAACUUUGAAUGAUAACUGGUACGAAGAGCGCGCAGAUCCUCUGAACGGUGUGCUUCCUCGUGACAGAGUGAAAGAGUUCAAGACGACUCAUGGAACGGACUUCAACGGAGCCCAGCCGAUCAUACCGCGCCCGAAGCUACGUAUGAUCAACGAUAACAACGUCGAUGAGGCUAUCCGUCAGACUGCGUAUCUUGAUUAUAGUCGAGGUUUUCGCUCCGUCCUUCCCGUGCCAGAUCCAGAGCCCGAUCGUAGCAUGAUCUCGACCCAACAUCGCGUCCAUGUAAACCACUUCGCGUCGUCAAGACCCUCGUACACAUCGACUAGUGGGGCCAUGAUCGCAGCAGGAGGACCAGGUGGACGAGCCGUCGAACGCGGCAAGGCAGCUUCAGGCGCCAUGGGUGAAAUCUACCGAAAGUGCUCCGAACCCCAGCGAGACACGCUGGCGCAGCGAUCCUGGAUGUACUCGACCGACCCGAUGAUUGCCGUCAUGCAGAAGCGUGAAGCGACCACGUCCCAGACGCCUCCAGAGCCGCAGCAAAGCAACAAACCUGUGGAUUAUGGACGACAGAUCACCGCCAUCACGAGCAUCAGACACCACCACAGAGGAGUCUUCGUUGACGACGAACCGGGAUACCCGCAGUAA